AUGACAAAAGAGCAACGUAAUCGCUGUCAGUACUGUCGAUUCCAAAAGUGUCUACAGCAGGGAAUGGUACUCGAAGCCGUCCGUGAAGAUCGAAUGCCCGGAGGACGAAACGGUUCUGCCAUCUACAAUUUGUACAAGGUAAGACUUUUAAACUGUAUUGUUUUUAGGUUUGGUUAAACGAGAAAGGGUUAACCUAUUCAUGUAAAAUACGGGAAUGAUACUUGUCCGAAAUUUUACAUAAACAGAAUCGAAAAAAUACAAACUUACAUGUUGUACUCGACAAAAAGUUAUAUUUGGGAAUAAUAAUAUGCUUUUUAGCUAAAAUACCGAAAAAGCAGAAAAUCGUGUUCGGAAACUACUACAACAUCCUCCGACGAAUCCGAAGCCAUGCGACCAACUAGCAGCGAACAAGAGUGCUCCAGCAGUACCAAAUUCAACAAAAAACGAAAAUACGAAAGUGUCAACGAUGAAGAAACUCUAAAACAAUUCCGUAACACACCUACAAACAAGAAUCUCAUACAGGUAAGAGUAAUUUCAAUAUCUAUUGUAAUGUCACAAUUGUCAAUCACAAUAUGUUUGCGGUAACCUCGCAAACAAUCCCAAAAAGUUGUUAUCCAAACACAUCUUUCAACGGUCCGGAACUCUAGUUUACCUUGAACUAGGAUCUAAUGAUCGCUGACCAUACUCUCUCUUGCCUCUAUAAAGAAACCAUACUUGUUUUUUGACUGGGUUCCCUCCAAGACCGAGAGAGAGCGAAUUUUCUUCGCUUCUCUAACCUUUUCUUCCUUUUUUUGGUCUUGUUCAACACGAUUUUAAUACCAUAAUAUUUUACGUUACUAUUUGUUCAAUAUUGUAAUACUAGUUUAUUUUUAUAUUUUGAGUGUUUAAAAUUGAGCAAGCAUAGAUAAUAUCAGUAGUUUUGUGGUUUUAUCCUUAUUAUUGCCAUAAUUUAUUGAAAAUAAAGGUAUUUUAUAAUUAAACUAAUUUACUUUAACUAGACCUGUAUUGACCUCUACCCCCUUCUAAUUUUAGGAGCUAAUAGAGCUAGACCGACUAGAGCAACUUAUCAACCUCAAAGGACUGAAGAUCUGGAGUAGUGAACAAGAAUCACGAGUGGACAACUCUUCCCCAACUGAAAGAUUGUCGAGAAUUGGGGACGAGAUCGUAGAGAAGUUGGUGGAAUGGACCAAAACAUUACCUUUCUACAAUACUUUACCGGUAGAAGUUCACACUCAUUUAUUGACACAAAGGUGGGCUGAAUUGGUGUUAUUGAGUGCUUGUUUCUACGCUUACGAGACCAACAAUGAAGAUGCUACUUCUGCCAUGUCAUUCUCGAGUUCUGGGCAGAAUCUACAGUUGCUACAGGAGAGAUUGUGUAUUGUUAUGGCAAAGUAUAUUCCUUUCGAACAUGUAAAAAAGUAAGUUGUAGAUCUUCAGUGGCUUGUUUGUUUGUAAAAUAAUGUUAGGGGCUCUAAUAAAUUGGAAUUAAAGUCAGAUAGAGAUAAUAUGAGUAACCUUCAUGCUGAUUUACAUUGUUUUAUCUGUAUUUCCUUUCAGGGAAGCGGGUCCAUUGGUCGAAAAGUUCACAGCUUUACUCCACGCCUUCAGUAACCUCAAAAUCACCCUAGAAGCCUAUGUUUGUCUCAAAGCCAUCACUUUGCUACACUACGCGGCUCCCGUCCCAGAAUCCGAAGAAGAUUCGACUACUCUGAAUUACCACGCUCUCUAUUUUCGAAAAGUGUCAUCGAUCCAAGACCAGUUUGUGAAGGCACUCCAGAUUCAUUUGAGUCAGUGUGAAAAUGGGCCCAGACUCAGCGAAAUCUUGACAUGGCUACCUCAACUUCACUCAGCUUCGUCUGUCUUACUGCACAGUAAAAUGUUCUACGUUCCUUUCUUGAUUUGUAAAGGACCAUCGUAUUUGAGCGACACCGAUAUUGUUGUGAAUCCAAGACCAGUCGCAACGAGCACGGUAGCAGUUGCUGAUCCAAAUGACGCUGAGAUGGAAGCUGAUGAAACUGACGGGAGCUCUGAUGGGCAUUCCGAAGUUUAA